AUGGUUGUAACUAUUAUUAAACAUAAACCUCGAAAUAAGAGAAAAGCUCUCUCGGCCUUGAAAGAUGAAAAUGGCGGUAAGAAAUCCAAAUUGUCUGAAUAUUCCAGUAAGGAAGCUGUGGAUGAUAUAAUUGAAUCUGUGGAUGAUAUGUCUAACCCAUUAUAUGAUCUGCUGUCAAAUGAUUUCAAAUCGAAAGAAGAAUUCACUGUGAAUGAUAUUGCAAUGAUGUUUAAGUCGCUGGCUGAAACGAUUCUCAAGCUUCAAUCUCAAAACACAAUGUUGAAAAACCAAAACUGUAUUCUAAAUGCCAAUUUGUCGAAUCUUACGGAAAAAGUUGAUGGCUUGGAGGAGAAUCUCAAAUUGUUAUCAUCUCAACCUAAAGAAUCACCAAAACCUCCUACUACAUUAAUUAAAACUUUUGCUUCAGCUGUCGCCUCAACCAUCUCUGCUCCAGAAUCCCAAAUCACUUUCAUGCGAGCUGCCUCAUUGGCUAACUCUGAAGAUGCACGGAAAUCGAAUGGGUGCUUGAAUGCGUUUCCCCGCCCAGACCUCUCCAAACCAGAACUCGAGAAAUAUCGACAAUCCUGGAAAACGGUGAUCCAAAAGAACAACGAGGCAGGUCAAACCAUUUAUAAGGUUCGCAAUCUGGAAGUCGUCAAAGUUGUCUACAGAGAAAAUCAGGAGCCGUGGCCAUGGGCCAAAAAACACUCGAUCCCAGAAAAUUUCUAA